UACUAUGACGUGAGAAACAAUUUAGAUUGAAAAAUGACUAACAAUUUAUGCAAAUUCACAUACGCUUUAAAGCGUUGUAGAACUUUAACAGAUAUCGUUCAUAGAAGAACUUCUUUUUCGAACUUUAAGAGAGGCUACAGUUCAGCACUAUAUAUUUCUGGCAAUAAGGCUUAUAAAGCCUUUGCGUACCUAUCACCAUAUCUAGACUUUGACGAGAGAUUUGCCAAUAUAGAUAAAUUGCAGAAGGAACUAGCAUUGCGUGGGAUGAACAUUGAUGCCGUUCAGUUAGAGAAGACAUGGGAGUUUUAUCGAAAAGCAGCUGCAGACAAGCUUGCGUUGGAAAAGCACAAUUCGGAGCUCACAAGUCGUAAGAAUUUAUUGCUGGAAGUCAACGCCGAGCGUAAUGCUGAGGAGGAAAAGGAACUACUCAAAUUAAAGACGCAGAUCCAGAUCGUACGGCAAGAUCUAAAGAUGAUGAAAGAAGCGAUUUGGGAUCUGGAUGAAAAAGUGAUAGAGAAACUGUUGAAAUUACCGAACGAGCUGGAUCCGAGGACACCGGCUGGCGAGCCGAUAGUGUUAAAAAGCAUCGGUAGCGCGCCCAAGUUGUCCGAAAAAAAUAGAGAUCACAUCGAGAUCGGGACGAGGUUGGAUCUGCUGGAGUACAAGGACCCACUCCAUUCUUAUUUAUGCAACGACGCGGCCUUAUUCGAGCUCGCUGUGCUGGCAUACGCCGGCCAGGUGCUCGGCGAGAACAACAUGGUCAAAGUUAUCGGCACGGAUUUCAGCCGUAGUCUCGUAGUGGAAGCUUCUGGCUUAAAUCACGAGGACCCCGCGGCCGCCUUUCUCCUAGACAAUCACAACGAGGUCGAGAGAGGCUCGCCGAAUCGCAUGCACCUGGUCGGUGGCGCGAGCCUUGCUUCCUUCCUGAUAUUGCACACGAAGCAGCAGAUCAAUCCCAACUGCUUUCCACUGAAGUAUUACUCCACCGGCAGGCAGUACACACCGUUGCCGCGAGAUUCGCGCGCUUGCGGCUUGUUUACGGCUUGCCAGGCAUCCGCGGCACACGUUUUCGUCAUGGCGAAAGACGCGAAGAGCGAAGAGUACGAAACGCUGUUUGAGGAACUUCUGGAAACCGUCUGCACCGUAUACGAUCAUCUGUGCGAUCAUUAUCGCGUCGUUAUGCGAUCCGCGUCCGAACUGCAAUCCUGCGAGGGCUUGCGCGUAUCUUUUGAGAUGUGGUCGCCGUUUGCGAGCCAGUACAUCGAAAUCGGUCACCUAUCCGCGUGCGGCGAUUAUUUCAGCAAGAGAUUGCUGAUUGCUUAUCAAACGCCCAGCGGUAGAAACUUUCCCGCGGUGAUAACCGGCACCGUUCUCUCCGUUCCGCGUCUACUGGCUUGUCUGCUCGAACAGAAUCCCGAUAGAUUCGUCAUUCCGCCGAAAGUAGCAGAAUUUAUGCCCUAACAUUGUUAUAUAAAGUAGUAAUCGAAGAACCUUAUAUGUAUAUAUAUUUAAAAAAUAUAUGUAUAAUAAAUCUACA